AUGGCUUCGUCGGCGCUUUUCCCUCUUGCAGAGUCAUUUUCUCACAACGGGUGGGCCAUCAGGUACACCACAAUGCCUUGUCCAGACUCUCCAGACAACUGGGUAGUCUUUGUGCACGGCACCCCAUGGUCCUCAGAUGUAUUCCAGCCUCUCGCAAAGGCUCUGCAUGCCAUGGGAAACUACAACAUCCUACUUUACGACCUCCCAGGCUACGGCCAAUCGCAACAAUGGACGGCACCGGACAGUCACAGUUCAGAGCCAGAUGCCUCGGUCAAGGCCCAGGGCCAGGCACUCGCCAGUCUGCUCAACCAUCUCGCGCUUUCGGGCACCCAGAAAAGACCGCGAGUCAUCGCGCACGACAUUGCGGGCGUCAUCUCGCUGCGCGCACACCUCCUGCAUGGCUGCGAGUACGAGAGUCUGGCCCUGCUCGACACCAACUGCGUCCUGCCCUGGGGUGAUAAGCUUUACAACCUCGUCCGGUCCAGCCCAGAGGUGUUUGAGGAGAUGCCACAAGGCAUAUUUGAGGGAGCCCUGCGGGCGAUCAUUCGCAGCGCGAGGGCGAGGACAGACCUCGGGCUCGCGGGAGAUGGGUGGGAAGAUAUCCUUGCGCGGCCGUGGAUCGAUAGCAUAGAGGGUCAGAGGGAGGUUGGUCGAACAUCGUCACGGCUUAGCCCGCAGGUCAGUUUUGUCAGGCAGAUCAAGCAGGCGGACGAUACGCAUACGAGCGAGCUGCUAGAGCAAGGGCUUUAUGGGGCAGUUCGGUGUCCUGUCAAGAUACUUUGGGGCAAGGAGGACCACUGGAUUCCACGGGAGAAGAUGGAAAAGUUGGCAGCUCUUCUGGGAGACAACCUGAAGACGUUUGUGACCGUGCCCGGCGCUGGUCAUCUCAUCAUGUUGGAUCAGCCGGAGCGUAUUGCGGUGGAAAUAUGCAGAUGGAUUGAGUUUGGGCAAUGA